GAAAAGUAAACACAAUUAGACUAAUAAAGAAGACUUGUGGUAGUGUUUGUAUUAGUGUUGAAAAAUUAUUCUCCUUUGCGAUGUCGUUGUUUCGCCGUGUAGCGGCGCUGUGUACCACGGUUUUGCUUUGACGUUAUUUCUCGGUCUCCCUAAUAACUGUACUGUAUUUGAGUGUGUUUUUCUGGAGAAAUUAUUACUUUUCUACACAUAAAAACACAAUACUUUAGUCAACUCAUAACAGUGAUUUUCUUUGGGGGCGUUUUAUUGCGAAAAACAGCCCUGUGCUCUUUCACAAUUGCUGUCCAGCGCCUGCCAAUCUGAAAGUGUGAACAGCAAUAUUGCCAAAGUCACAAUGUGUGCAGAUUUCUCCCAGAGAGAAGUCACAUUCGUUGUGUAGACCUUUGAUCGGUUGUAGGUGGAAGAUCUGUAGCGAUUCGUCGAUGCUUGAUCCGAGACCCACUAUUGGUUUACGUUCACGUGGAAAUAUGUUAUACAAGGAAAUAAACAUGGCGUUUGGAUUUUGAUCGGAUACAUUUCUUAAAACAUCUGGGGUGGAUUAUUACUCAAUACUGGACGAUUGAGAGAAGUAAAUAAUGCCCAAAGAUUUCUUCAAGUCCCACUGCUGCAGAAAUGCCCUGAUGCCGAGUCUGGACUGAAGCCAAGGUGAUAUGUAUUGAGGAUGAGUGCUGUCGGGGAAAACUCGUCUGAUCCUGCCAGGUCAGAGGCUCAGAAGCGCAAGGAAUGCCCAUCGGACCUUCUGGGCCCAAGUCCCAAACGCAGCACCGAGAAACGCAAUCGAGAACAUGAAAAUAAAUACAUAGAGGAGCUGGCGGAGCUGAUCUUCGCAAAUUUCAAUGACAUUGACAACUUCAACGUCAAGCCUGACAAAUGUGCAAUCCUCAAGGAAACUGUGAAACAGAUUCGACAAAUUAAAGAGCAAGAAAAAGCUGCUGCAGCCAAUGAGGAUGAAGUGCAGAAGGCUGAUGUGUCAUCGACAGGCCAAAGUGUUAUUGACAAAGAUGCCCUUGGACCAAUGAUGCUGGAGGCCUUAGACGGGUUUUUCUUUGUUGUGAACAUGGAGGGGAACAUCGUGUUUGUGUCAGAGAAUGUGACGCAGUACCUGAGGUAUAAUCAGGAGGAGCUGAUGAACACCAGUGUGUACAGUAUCCUGCAUGUGGGAGACCACAACGAAUUCAUCAAAAACCUCCUGCCCAAGUCACAUGUAAACGGGGGUCAGUGGUCCAACGAGAAUCCCAGGCGUAACAGCCACACCUUUAACUGCCGCAUGCUGGUGAACCCUCACAGUGAGGCUGAGGAGACGCAGGAUCACGAGGUGCAGCAGAAAUAUGAGACCAUGCAGUGUUUCGCUGUGUCUGAACCAAAGUCCAUCAAAGAGGAGGGAGAGGAUUUCCAGUCGUGUCUGAUCUGUGUCGCACGGAGAGUACCCAUGAAAGAGAGACCCAUGCUCCCUACGCAAGAGAGCUUCACCACCCGCCAAGACCUCCAAGGUAAGAUCACCUCACUGGACACCAGCCUGUUACGAGCGUCUAUGAAACCAGGCUGGGAAGAUUUGGUGAGAAGAUGCAUUCAGCGCUUUCACCUCCAGAAUGAUGGAGACAUGUCUUUCGCCAAACGCCAUCAGCAAGAAGUGCUAAGGCACGGGCAGGCAUUCAGUCCCAUCUACCGGUUUUCCCUGUCUGACGGGACCAUCGUCUCGGCUCACACCAAGAGCAAACUGGUUCGCUCAUCUGGCACCAACGAGCCGCAGUUCUACAUGUCCCUGCACAUCUUACAGAGGGAGCAGCCCGUAUGUGGUAUGACUCCAGACCAUGGAGCUAAUCAGGCAAUGGGCAAAUCUAUGAACCCCAUGAGCUCUCCCAACACAGCUGGUUCCUCUGGCGCCCCCCAGGGGCAGGAUUCCACCAUCAGCAGUAACACAUCCGCUUUCCCCUCCCCCGGUGGUCAGAAAGAGCCCGGUGCCAUCGGCCCUUUGCAGGGUCACCGGUUUGGCUGCCCGGGCACCAUGACCCAUUCGGCGACCAUGCAGGCUGCUACACCGCAAGGCAGUGGGUAUCCAAUGAAGUUGAGCAGCCCAUCUCAGGGCAGUCCAGGCAUGCUUUCUCCACGCCACCGAGCCAGUCCUGGAGUGGCGGGUUCUCCGCGAUUGCCUCCUCUUCAGUUUUCCCCAGCGGGCAGCCUCCAUUCGCCUGCAGGAAUGUGCACUAGCAGUACAGGUGGGAACGGUGGGGCAGGUGGUAACCAUGGUUACACAAGCAGUUCCCUUAACGCACUUCAGGCACUUAGCGAGUGCCACGGCGUGAGCCUCGGCCCAUCACUGGGCUCGCCAGACAGGAAGUUAGGGUCUCCAGCCACGGUGGGCGUCAAUCCUCACUUGAUGAACAAAAUGGGCGCCUCCGAUUCGUACGGAGAGCAGAACCAAACGGAACAUGGCGGUACAGGUCAGGACGACGGCAUCGAACAGCCAAGAGACGAAAAAGGAAACAUCAGUCAAUUUAACCCAGACGGUGACCCACAAAACCGGCUACGCGACAACAAAGGCCACACUAAACUCCUACAGCUUCUCACUACUAAAACUGAGCCUAUUGAGUCAACCUCACCGCCUCCGAUGCCCGGCGGAGAUCCAGGCUGUAAGGACCCCACCGGUGGUCUAGGGAACGGUGGCAUGGGGCCUCAGAACGCGUCACACGCUACCACCCUCAAGGAGAAGCACAAGAUACUACACAGGCUUCUCCAGAACAGUUCAUCACCCGUCGAUCUGGCCAAGCUCACGGCCGAGGCCACAGGAAAGGAGAUGUGUCAGGAUUCUGCCAGUGGGGCGGCAAACGUGGCAGAAUUGCCUAUUAAACAAGAACCUGUUAGUCCGAAAAAGAAAGACAAUGCUCUGCUGCGCUACCUACUGGAUAAAGACGACAACGGACUCAAGGAAAAAGCCAUCAAGAUGGAGCCGAACGAGAUAAAGGUGGAGGGCAGUAAGAUGCCCGUAAUUAAAAUUGAGAAGAAUGACGGAGGGUACGAGCGGGGGGAGCAGGUGAGUGAUUCCAGUGAAUUGGAUGACAUCCUGGAUGAUUUACAGAACAGUCAGCCAGGACUGUUCUCUGAGCCUCGGCCUGUGUCUCUGCCUGCUGCCGUGGAUAAGCAGUCAAUCAUCAACGACAUCCUGCAGAUGACUGGAGAGGGCGGAGCCAACAUGGGCACCCAGCAACAGAGAGCACUACAGGCCAUGGGCCAACAGAAUUUCGGUGGUCCAAGGCCUGGUCAGCCCGGCAGAGCACCGCCCGUACGAAGCGUAUCUUUGGACAUGAACAUGACUGCUAAAGGCGCUCAGGGUCAGUACACUCUGAUGAGGCACAACAGCCCGUAUCCACUCAUGCAGCAGCAAGGCAUGAUGGGAAACCACAGUGGCAUGCCAAAUCAGCCAAACAUGGUCAAUGCAGGAGUUAUGGGUAAUAAUGGUCCUCGUGUAGGUAUGCAGCAGGACGGUUGGGGUGCGCAGGGACAGGGUCCCGUAAAUAGUGCGGCUUCGCCCGCCACGGCCGCACCCUCUGUUCAGCACACCCUCCAGCAGGGAGCGCUCCACGCCCGUAUGGUGUCUGCUGCUGGUAUGGCAAUGAGACCCAACAGCCAGCCGGGACCCAGACAGAUGCUUCAGUCUCAGAUGAUGCCCAAUGCCCAAUCAAACAUGGACAUGGGCAUAGCUGGCCACCAGUUUCCCCAGCAACAGGCACCGCCCAAUCAGACGGCUCCAUGGCCAGACAGCGUGAUGCCUAUAGAGCCGGUGCCAUUUGGGAGCCAGAACAGUUCCAUGUAUAGCGGUUCUCAAGAGGACGUGUUGUUACCCACGGGUGCCGAGGGUCAGGUCGACGAGCGGGCUCUACUCAAUCAACUCUACUCCGCCCUCAAAGAUUUUGAUGGCUUGGAGGAGAUCGACCGUGCACUUGGCAUCCCUGCACUAGUAGGACAGGCACAGCCGGUGGAGCAGGAUCAGUUUCCCGGUCAGGACCCCAGCAUGAUGAUGGAUCAGAAACCUCCCAUGUACAGUCAGCAGCAGUACGCCGCAUCCCAAGCCCACAUGCAGCAGGGGGGAUACGCGCCCAUGCAGGAUCCCAGCUUCCACGGCAUGACAGGGCAAAUGGGACAGAGGCCUAGUUACCCCUUGCUCCGCAUGCAGGUCAGACCGGGACUCAGGCCCCCCGCGGUUGUUCCCACCCAACCCAAUGCUCUCAGAUUGCAACUUCAACACAGGCUACAAGCACAGCAGAAUCGACAGCCCAUAAUGAAUCAGAUGACUGGAGUGUCAAAUAUGAACCUACCUCUAAGACCUAACGUUCCGAAUCAGGGGACGAUCAACGCUCAGAUGCUCGCCCAACGGCAGAGAGAGUUGCUGAGUAACCACUUACGACAGCGUCAGAUGGGACAUCAGCUGGACCAACAGCGUCAGCAGCAGCAGCAACAACAGCAGCAGCAGCGUAGCAUGGCCAUGCGAGCGCAAGGCCUCAGCAUGCCACCCAACAUGGCCGCCGCCGCAGCUGCUGGCAUGCCCGGAGCCAUGAACAACCCUCGGAUCCCCCAGGCCAACCCCCAGCAGUUCCCCUAUCCGCCCAACUACGGUACAGGACUGGCCUCGCCGCCCCCUUCCACCAGUCCCUUCUCCCCCGGUUCCCCCAACCUCCCUGCCCCCCAGCUCCUCACCCACAGCGCCAUGCAUGGCUCUCAGAUGAGUCUAGCUAACCAGGGGAUGCUGGGCAGUCUGAGCGGACAGUUUGGGGCUGUUAUGAGCCCUCAAAUGCAGCACAGUGCCUUUCAGUUCCCCAGCUCAGGUAUGAGUCAGCAGUCGGAUGGUGGGUUUGGUGGGGCCGCCACCCCUCAGAGCCCCCUCAUGUCUCCCAGGUUGGGCCAUGCCCAAAGUCCCAUGAUGCAACAGGCGCAGGGCAACACCUCUUUCCAGUCCUCCCCUGACAUGAAUGGCUGGACGCAGGGCAACAUGAAUGCCAACAGUAUGUUCACUCAGCAGUCACCACCUCAGUUCCCCCAACAGGCCAACAACAACAUGUACAACGGUAACGGCAUGAACCUAAAUGUGUCUAUGGGCACCAACUCGAGCAACAUGGGCCAAAUGGGCAACCAGAUGUCCAUGAGCUCUAUGAACUCUGGACCGGUGGGGGGUAUGACCAACAUGGGCCCUGAACAGCAGAAGUAUUGUUGACCCAAGGCGGACGACAUCCUAAUGCAGUAAACGGAGUGUGAUGAAGAUUCUGCUACAGCGUGACGGAGGAGAUUUUGGAGUAAUGCUGUGCUAUUUAAGCUGCUAAUGGGGGCCAGACGGGUGUUUAGAGAUCCUGUUUACUGCCCCCUACUGGACAUCUAUAGAAGAUGCAUCAGGGGUACUGGAGCUCAGAGGGGUUGGACUCUCUCUCCCACACACACACACAUUGACACUUUGAUCUGGACCUAGAGCUCCCCCCCUCAGUCGAGCACGGCCUUCUCUCAUACACACACACACAGCGAGCCCUUUUCGCGAGUCUGCUCUGUUGCAUUCACCGUAGUGUGACUUAGGUCUCCCCAGAAAAAAGACUCGGCAACUGUGGAAUCAGAAUCCUUGUCUCCCAUGAAUGUAAUCCACCCUUUUCUUCUCCUGGUCUUCAGGCUCUCUUAAAAGACUUGAUGUCCCUCGUCUUUUCCCCUCUGUCUGACUUUGCAAACGGGCAAGAAGACUGCAUUUGAAACACGUGCUCAAUUCAGCCGUUUUGCCUUUUUUAUUUUCUUUGUUUUCUUUUCAGAGUGCAAAUAAAGUUAGAAUGAUGAUGAAAUGGCAUAGAAUUCAGAUGAUGGUUUGUAAAAUUAGAAGUAAUUUAGAGGUUUAUUGUGUAUUAAAUUAAGUUCUAUUCUAAUGUAUAGAUUUUUUAAACGAUGUAGAUUUCUUUAUGAUCCAUCAAUUUGAGUGAAAAAUCACACGGAGAAUUCGUGCGAAUGCCUCCGCAUAAGAAAUUCUUAAACACACCCAUGGGUUUUAUUUGCUUCGGUCCAGUAGUUUCAGGUAAAUGUGAUUUUUAUCUUGUGGUUAGUAAAAUGGAAUUCUGGUAGAUUGUAAAUACCAAUAUUGGGGGAAACAAAUCUGUUUCGUAUGAUAUUUAUUUUUUGAUUUUCAAUACGUUUCCUUCUUCCCUCAAAGUCCGGGUUUUGUGAACGACUGCAGCGUUUCACCCGUGUGUAGACCGGGAAGAUAAGAAAGGCGGGUUUUCUAUGGUACUAAGUAGAGUGAGCUGGGGUGCGGUGGUCCUUCUUUCCUGGGUGGGGUCUGGGAGGACGCUGUGUGUACAGUGUACAAAUACUCGCUUGCUUCUAAGCUUUUAGCUGGGAGCCCCGCCAGAGGAGCCCAACACAGCCAUAAACUCGACACUGAAGCGUGCUUUCUUUGUUGCGUGGAGUAAUGUGCUUAAUGCCAGAUGCUAUUUACAACCAGAAUCCGGUGUGUGUAAGAAAAUACAACAAGCAAUAAAUAGUACUUGAGAUUUUUUUCUUUUGUUUUGUAAGUUUUGUACAGGACUUUUCAGGAGACACCUUUUUGCUCCCCGGUUGAAACUCAGUAUUAAAGACAGAUACUUUUUUAUUGUGGUUUAUAUUUUGAGAAAAACUACAAACGAAAGAUGUCGGAAUCUAUGUGUUUCUCAGUGAAAAGCAGGUUUUAGUUCGGGUGUAGCCAAAAAAGAAAGCAGCGUUUGUUUUAGGUGGCUAUUUCUAAACAGGUAAAACUGGGAAUCUACAGCCAGACUGUUUGCUUUGACCCCCAGUACACAUGAAUCGGACAUAUCCACUUGUAAUGCAUAUGUCUGAAUUCCAUCACUACGAGACAUGUCAACUCUACAAUCGUAAAGCUGUAACAUACGCAAUACAGUUCCUCGUGUUUUAUAUUAGAAAACGAAGCCAAAUUGUUAAUUGAUCAGUAGACUUACACAUGCCACUGUCAUUUUGUUUCGUCUCAUGUCUGCGCACAGGUCGUAUUGGGGAAUGAUCCUCAGCUUUCGCAGUUUCGCUGAAAAUAUCGCCAUGUCAUCUGUGUUUAAGCUGGUGUAUUAAAAAAACAACAUGUUUUGAGUAUAUACUGUAUUUACCAGCAGCAACUAAAGUUUGCAAUGUCCCAGCUCUGUCAUUAUUCGCUAAAGGUGCCGUGGUUGUGUACGAAUAUACCUGGUGUUUUGGUAUAGCUUUAGCUUUUCCUUUCAAACACUGUAAAUACAAGUUUGAUUUCACGUCAAUUGGGGUGAAACGUUCACUGCCCACCAACGUUUCUGUGAAUUCUCAGAAACUCACCUGCAAAGAUAAAACAAAACUUUGAUUUGAUGAUCAUUCUUAAUGAAUCUGCUGACAUUUGUCAUCUGUUUGGCGUCUGAGAAGGACAAAAAAUUAUAUUUGGCAUUCAUUUAUUCCACAAGCUUUUUGAAUGUCGAAUGCCUUGAAGAAGGACAGACAUCCAGAGACCAAUAUUGGAGAAUAGCCAGUUUCGAAGUCGCACAUGUACAACUACCCUCUGCAAAGUCCAAAGAUUGUCAAGAUUUUGAAAUAAAUAUAAGCCAUGAUGUGAAGGUGGUGCAGAGUUGUUUUUUUAGUGUUUUUAUCAGUACUAGUGCAAAAGAGCCAUUUGUCCUAAAAUGAAGAAAUAAAUACAUGGAAUUGUAACGGCAGUGAUUGAAUUUCCUGAAAUGAUUUGUCUUUACCUUACCUUUGGUUUUUCUGAGUCUUUUGUAUAGUCUGCCAAUUUCUUAGAGCUAAAUGCAAGAACCUUGAAAUGCUAAAACGUAGCAUAUUGCCUUAGAUCUGUUUUACUGUCUUGUAUAUUACAAAACCUGUAUGUAUUAUAUUUGUAUAGUGAAUCAUUGACCAGAUUGACCCAAUUCACCCAUCAUCUACCUUACUUAGACAUUUUCAUGUCUUUCUAUCUAUUUCUCUCCUUUCCCACUCUCUCCUCCUCGUCUCAAUAUUGCUCAUUUUCCAUAUUUGUGAUCAGUUGUGGGUUUUAUUAUUUGUACAGUCCUGAUUUUACCCUCUGUUAUGUGUGAAAAUGGAGAUGAUGCAAUGGGAAAUCGAAGCAAUAUGUAAUUUAUAUGAACUUUUUGGAGAAAGCUUACAGUGUUGCGCGCUCCUGAGAUGUAUUUUUCUUUCCAGUUGGUCACAUGAAACAUCUGUUCAUCCGCAUCGAUGUGUGUAAUCUUAGCGUGAGCCUUUUAUGCAAAGUUAGAUAUACCGAGAGAAAUUUAAAUACAGUUAUGCAAGUUGUCAACUAUGGCUUUGCUGAUGCUAUUUGAUGUUGAAUCAAAUUGAAUUGUAAAUAAAGAAUUCUGUUAUUGCAACAUUUAAAA